ACAAUGCGAAAUUUUUUGAGAAAUUCUUAACAUCUGGAUUUGUGUUUGUAUGAAGUUUGUUAAAAUUGCGAUACUGCUGUUAAAUAGAAUUUCUCCCGCUUACACGUCACAUUUUUGUUUCGGGACUUCUGAAGAUAUUAUUUAUUGAAGUGAAGCAUUAUCACAAUGUGACAUAGGGACUGCGGCAGCUCACAUUUGUGCCCGGGUACCUCCGCAUGUACUUGUUAUUAGUUUGCUGAGAGCAGUUUCUUGAGGGAGCCAUGGUGGAUAAAGAGCAAGUUAUACAGGCUUUGCGAGCCACUCUCAUUUCUGUAAAAGGAGCAUUGACCAUUAAACAAUGUAACAGAGAUUACAAGGAACUUCAAGGAGAAUGGAUACCAUUUAAAAAGUUAGGAUAUCCAACAUUAGAUAAACUUUUCCUAGAUGUCCCUGGGUUUAAAGUGACACAGAUCAAUGGCGAGUGGUAUGUUGACGCCAUUGCUAGCCAGGAGACUCAGCAUAUUGCUGCCAUGGUGGCUAAGCAGAAGUCUAGCAAAAAAAGCAUUAAACUGCAUCAACCUAAUCGUUUUCCCAAGAAACAAGGCUCUUGGCGCAAACCAGCGCCAUCCUCGAGUUACUCAACAAAUUAUAAUAAUCAAUAUUCAAACCAAUUCUACAGAGCCAAAGGAGAUACACCAUUUAACAACAAUAAUUAUAAUAAGCAUCCCUACAAUAAAUACAAUAAAACAAGCGAAACGAAAAGUGCUCCACCACCACCAGCGAAACAAACGAAUAAACCGACUGAAUGCAUCGAAAAGACUGCACCUAAUGUUGCAAUGAAAAGUUACAACACAUCACGAGAAGUUAACAGUCUUGCCAGAGAGUUGAAACAUUCUGCGAGUUUUACGAACGAAGCACCUGUCGCUGAGACGAGGUCCAGCGGGAAGGUGUCAGCUUCUCAGAGGCUCUCUAACCUUAGAGACCGUCUUAACACUGUGGAUUUGAUACCAUUGCAGCUACCCGCCGCCAACUCCGACAGACUGUUGUUACAGUCUGAAGUCAGCGGUCCAGUAACACACGUGGCGCCGGCGCACAAUCUGGAGCCGCCGCCGGAAUCCGCGUCGUCAGUCGUGAAACUGGAGUGGACUUGCCGCAAGCUCGGCCUGGCCAUGCCAGUGUUCAAGGUCAUCGACUUACGUCCAAAGCGGGGGCCGGUUAGCUAUGAUUGCACAUGCAAAGUAGGAACCCAAUACACGGCUUCGUCGUACCCCGACUCAUCACCAUCGGAGGACUUAGCAAAGGAAGUUGUCGCAGUGAAACUCCUGGCCGUCAUAGAGAGUUCAGAAGCAGGUGGUUUACCUACAUCUUCUAGUAGCAAGACCAUAUCGUGUCUCACCGAACUCGUGUCCGAACAUGAGGCUGGUCUUUGGGCGAACACUGUGCCUCAUUUGUACAGAGAAAAGUACGGCGAAAAUUUGCCCAGUAAUUGGCAAGAAUUAGUGGAAAAUUGCCCUCGAAUUAUGACAGACAGAGUUGUAAAUGGACUGCUUGUACUUCUUCCUCACAACGAGGACGCACCACCUACGUCAUUCCUAGACACAACUACAGUGCUGGACGACACUAUUGAGAGCAACCUACCGCCGCUGCAAUUCCCCGAGGACGAUUUUUGGAACGUGUUCGUCACUGUAGCGAAUUCCACUCUCGAGAUUUGGCUUAGGAUAAUUGGACCACAAUAUAGCGAUGUUUUCGAAAUGCUACAAGCCGAUAUGACGAAGUACUACGAACGCGCGGGCACUAUAGUUGAUAAGGCGAUGAUUAUUAAAAAUGCAUGGUAUGCGGUAAAAUUGGACGAUGGCGAAUGGCACCGCGCAAAGAUCAUUGAAAUUGAAGAGAACCUUGCGUUCGUGUUCCUCGGCGACCACGGAGACGACGAUAACGUGUCUUUAGACAAGAUUAAAAUUCUCGAACCACAGUUUAGGAGGUUACCGGCUCAGGCAAUUCUAUGCCGACUGGAAGGCUGUGAAGAACUAGCGGCGACUGAGGAAGGUGCAGCGUUGGUAGCAAGACGGCUACCGGGCGAGGUUCUGGUAGCUGCGCCAGGCGCACGCGCCGAUCCUUCCGACCCCAGCGUAGCCGUCGUGCUGUAUGACACCUCUACACAACGUGACCUUAACCUCAAUAAAGAGAUUGUCCAUGACUUCUGCAUCGCCGGCGCAUUCACGCUUACGCAGAUUGAUGACGACGAAAAACUUUGCGAGGUUGAAGUGGGAUGCGUGACGGAGGAGGGUCGCGUGUGGGUGGCACGCGCAGGCGGCGCGGCGAGGAUUGCGGCAGCGCUGGCGCUGUUGACGAGUGGACCCUACCGCCGCCCUCUGCCAGCCGCGCCAGCAGCGCCUUCGCCUAAUGCUUCUACGCUUUACAUCGUACGCACUCUCGCCGGCGACUGGGUCCGCUGUACUAUUAUCAGCGGUCUGGACGGCGAAGGCACUGUUCGCACGCAGCUGGUGGACAGCGGAAUGAUACUUCGCGCCCCACUCUCCUCUCUUGUGCCGCUGCAGAACUUCUCACCCGCCCUCAACGCUUAUCCCCCUCAGGCAAUCCAAGUUCGCCUAGGCUCGGCCGAGCGCGCUGCCAGCAGUAUGGUGUCGCGACUGCGGGAGCUCCUGCUGGGCGCGUGCGUGGUCUGUCGCGCUCUGCCCUCUUCGGGCGGCACCGCGUCCGCGCAGCACGUCGAGCUGUUCGUGCGCACCGGCCCGCAGAACAUUCUCGCCUCCGUCAACAACGCCAUUCUUAUGGAGUACGAGUUUUUGCACCAAAGUAAACCCAAAAACGUGGAAAAGGAGGCAACAAACCCUGUAGAAGCAUUGAACAAGAAGAAGGAACGCAUAUUCCGCAGUUCAUCCUCGAGCGGAUCUCUUAGCGAGCGGGAGGUGGAGAAGGGCCCGGAGAGGGGCGCAAGCGGGACGCUACCGCCUCCCACGCUUCCCGCGCCUUCUAAGUGUUUUGACGUUUACAUCGCUAUGGCAGCUAAUCCAUGGAACUUUGUGGUUCAACCGAACAGCACACGACACACGCUUCUGACAAUGAUGGCGACAUUGCAAACGGAAUGUGCGAAGCUGCCAGAGUCGGACGCGCCGCUGAAGCCCGCUUGUGGGGAGCUCUAUACGGUUUACUACGAAAAGGACUCUUCUUGGUACAGGGUGACCAUUGCAGGAGUAGUUUCAAACGAGAUGGUGUCAGUGUAUUUCUGUGAUUACGGAGACUUGGCGCUGUUCACGACAAAGGCGUUGCGCCCCGUACCGCACACUGCACCACUAGCGCGCUCUCUGCCGCCUCAGGCAAUUAAGGCGCGCCUCUAUGAUGUGUGGCCUCUUCACCAAGACUGGACUGUAGAAGACUGUAUUAGGUUUCAAGAACUGUGCGUGGAACAGCAAUUUGUAGGAAUUUGCAAGGAGCUGGGUAAAGAUCCGCUGAACCCCAACGAGCCACUGCUUACCCUCGAUCUCAUUGACACCUCCACAGACGAGGAUAUCUAUCUUAACAAACAGCUCGUCGCCGAGGGCAGAGCACGACACGCCACCACUUCCUAGUUUUUUUUUAUCAUGUUCUGGUUGAUUAUGCACCACAGUUACUAUGUUGUAUUCCAAGUAAUGUAAGAAAACAGUGUUAUAUUCCUGUAUGUUUACGUUUUUUUAUUAUUAUUAUAAUAUGUUGCUUACUAAAAUGUUUUAAAAGUCCCUUAAAAAAUACUCUUGUUGCGUUAUUAAUAUGUAAGGUAAGCUUAGUUAUUUUGUCGGUGUAUAACUAUAGAAUGUUGCAUGUGGACUGUUUCUGUAAGUUAUUCGCGUAUAACAUAUUUAUUACACGUCCUGUAGCAAAAUUAAGUGUAAGACCAUUUUAUUCCAUGUAAUCGCAGCCACAUUACCUAUCUAAGUCUAGAUUUCAGCUAGAAGUUUUAGUUAGGUAGACGAAACUAUUAAGUUUUAGCUAAAGGUAUGGCAGGUAUAUUCAUUAUGAUUUGACUUAAUUUAUUAUUUCCUAUCC